CUUCUCCCCAGGCUCUGUGCUGGCUCUGUAAGGUCCCCUGCAGCAUCACCCCAAUCUAUCCUCUUCUGCGACGAGGUUGCUGCUUGCCUCGUCUGCUUCUGUGCCAUUUUAGGUGGCAUUUCAAGCAUUAAAAGGGCUGUAGCGGAGGGCUCUGCAGUUAUAUUUGCCGGCUUAUCAGCCCAGUGUUCACCCUGACCGGGCACAAACUCCUCUGCUGCAUGCGAGAGGACAGACCGCCUGAUCUGCUGCCUGAUGGUGCGCUCCUGUCUUUGUGGCAGGCGGAGUGUCGGAGUGGUCGCACUGCUGUACUCCACAGAGGCCUCGGGCUGAGGUAGGCCGCAAAUUGGAGCCGUGAGUGUUGGGCCCCUUAUAAAGUAGUUAUUCAGCGUAUAGCUGGCCGGGAUGGGGAUCGGAGCGUUACCUGGCUUCUUAAGGGGUAAUUUUUUCCCCAUAGGAUGCGUUGCUCUGACUUUAAAGCCCUUCUUUGUUUCUUUCAGCGGCAGAGCUCAGCGUUCACGCCGCCAUCUGCUUAGACGCCCAGGCCACGCCCUGCAGUGUACAAUUUAAAAGCCGGAGGAGAGCACUUUUCUGGAUUAUUCAGGACUGACGUUCUUAUUGUGCAUCAGACCGAAAUGAGAAAACUGCAACAAAAACGUAUUCUUCUCCUCAUUUCUUCAUUCCUCUGUGCCUUCUUCCUAUAUACAUGGAAAAAACAUCUCAUUCCUAUCAGCAGGACUGAUUCAUUCAAGUCAUUAGCUGCUCCACAGUAUUCAAUUGUGGAUUCUCAAGAACAGAGGAAGGCUAAUAUAAGAUCUGUAUGCGAGAGGAACAAUCUCAACGGCUCGUCCUUUGUGGUGCCUCGUAAUGUAGCUGCCCAGCUAUACGUUGAACACAGCCAUAAAUUUAUAUAUUGUGAGGUGCCCAAGGUAGGCUGCUCAAACUGGAAAAGAAUCAUUCUAUUACUGAACAAAUCUCUUGAUCUCUCUGCAGAUGAGCUUCAACAUUUCCAGGUACAUAAUUCAAAACAACUCAUAAAGUUGAGCUCAUAUCCUCCCUCCCUUCAGAAAGAACUUCUAGCAACUUAUACUAAAGUAAUGUUUACUCGAGAUCCCCUAGAGCGAGUUGUUUCUGCCUACAGAGACAAGUUUCUUCAUUAUGAUAAUGUUUACUACAGCAUCAACUUUUCAAAUCUGAUCAAAAAUACACUUGGUAUCCAUUCCAAGGCAAACCUUACUUUUGAACAAUUUGCCUGCUUUAUCGUUCAGGAAAAUCCAUCCUAUAGAGACACUCACUGGAAGCCUAUGAAUGAGCUGUGUGAUCCGUGCAAAAUCCAAUAUGAUAUUAUCGGCAAGUUUGAAACCUUAGCAGAGGAUGCAGAUCUUGUUUUACGAACCAUAGGGGCCUCCCAAAAUUUGAAAUACCCCACAAUUAAACAUCAUUCUAAUGAGUCCCGUACAAGUGAAGACAUAAGCAAACAUUACCUGGAAAUGCUUCCUCCAGUUCUAUUUAGGAAACUUAUGAAGAUCUACGGACUUGACUUCUCCAUGUUUGAAUAUAGUUAUUACAAAAGUGAAUUUUUUAAAAUCCCUAAAACAACUUACAUCUAUUAAUGGCAUCGCUCGUAGAUGUUUCUAGACUACUUUUUGAUCAUUUUUAAAACCUUGGUGGGACAUAGUGAAACCUAGAUCACAGUGGCCAACACAUCAAAAAGUUCUGUGUGUUGCCAGCGCCAUUGACUGUAAUGGGUUCCGGCAGAAAUGUGUCCGGCUGACUCCCAGUAUAUUUGCCAGGUACCAGCCAGAUCUCCCACGGACCCAUUAUAGUCAAUGGGGCAGACAGACAUUCUGGUAACAUCUGCCAAUGCUGGAGCUGGUUUUCUGCCAUAACAGCCUGCCUGAACUCCUGCCACAAAACACAGAUGAAAACACUGAUGCCGAUGCAUUAACCCUUGCACUGCCGCGGUCAGCGCUGACCGCGGCACCUGCGGGAUCCUACUGGGUCCGGGGCUGUGACGGGUACCCGAUGGCAGGGAAGGCAGCCCGAUGGAUCUCACAGACAAGCAGGCUGUAAGCAUAUUACAGUGGUAAUACACUUACAGCCAAAGCAUUACAAAACGAUCAGACCCCCAAAAGUUGAAGUCCCAGGGUGGGACAAAAAAAGAAAAAGAAUUAAAAAAUAAGUUUUACAAAAAAGUUAAAA